AUGGAAAACCUCCUUUUUUUUGGUGCUGGUGGUGACGGGAGGAAGGGGGCCUCAAGCUAAAAGUGAUAAAGAAAAUUUGAUAAUCAACAAAAAGAAACAUCUUAAUGUUGAUAAUUUUUUCUUUUUUCACACUGAAAAAUCACAAAAGCUAAUGCAAAGCAAACCAAGAAAGGAGUGGGGUUAGGCUUUGGCUGUGGGUUCUUCUGUACUGUCUUAGCUUGUCCCCUCCACUUAACACAGUUCUCUCUCUUGCUCUCUCUCACACACACACACACACACAAAAACAGUCUUAAGUCCAAAAGGGGCACUACUACAUUGGCUUCUUUUGGCUUUUGGUUCUGUGCUUGCCAAGCAAUUGUCUAUGUCUGUUGCUGCUGCUCCCCCUUCUCAGAACUGCAAAUGGGGGAGGAAUCAUACUUUGAAUUUCUUGUUAUUAUUUGAUGCCUCUCUCUCUCUCCUUCUCAUCUUUUAGAUUAGCCUACUGCUUUCUUACACUACAAACUCUCUUGCUAGGCUAUCCUAUCCUCGCCAAAAAAAUAUGACUUCUUUUCCUGUUUGCUGUUUUGUGAAACCCCUUUGCCCUUCUUGCUCUAAAGGCGUCGACUUUAUGGAUUUCUUGCUCAAAAUUGACUUCUUUUUGGGAUAAUUCGUCUGGCAAUUUUGUGGGAAUUUUCCAUUGAGCCUUUGGAGACAUUCUUGAUUACUAAUUCCAGCCUAUUUCUCGAUCAAUGUUCUUUGCCCCUUUGUUUUGUCGUAUUAGUUGCGUUUGUUUUUGUGGUUGUGUAAUGCUAGAGUGACUCAAGUGUUUCGGUUCAAGAAAAGCAGAAAGUUGGGAACUUUUUUUUAUCUGGGAAUUGAUGGAAUUUGAUCUGAAUGAUGCAGUGAGUGAGGUGGAGAAGAAUAAUGCAUGUGUGAAUGGAGGAGAAUGUGAAGAAUCUGCUCCACCACCAUCGAUAUAUGUGGAGCUCUGGCAUGCUUGUGCUGGACCUCUCACCAGCUUGCCCAAGAAAGGAAAUGUGGUGGUGUAUUUCCCUCAAGGCCACAUGGAGCAGGCUGCCUCUGCCUCACCCUUUCCUCCCAUGGAUAUGCCCACUUUUGAUCUUCCUCCACAGAUCUUUUGCCGGGUUAUCGAUGUUCGGUUACUUGCAAACAAGGAGAAUGAUGAGGUUUACACUCAACUGAAUCUGCUUCCUCUGCCAGAGCUGGCAGGGGUGAAAUUGGACGGCAAAGAGAGUGAAAAUGCGGGUGUUGACGAGGAUGGGAAUGGUGUUAUGCCUGCAAAGUCGACUUCCCAUAUGUUCUGCAAGACUUUGACUGCUUCGGAUACCAGUACCCAUGGUGGAUUUUCUGUUCCUCGUAGGGCUGCUGAAGACUGCUUCCCCCCUCUGGAUUAUAAAGAGCAAAGGCCCUCCCAGGAACUCAUAGCCAAGGACCUGCAUGGAGUGGAGUGGAAGUUCCGACACAUUUAUAGAGGCCAGCCAAGGCGGCAUUUGCUCACUACUGGUUGGAGUAUAUUUGUCAGUCAGAAGAACCUUGUCUCGGGGGAUGCUGUUCUCUUUCUGAGAGGAGAAGCUGGAGAACUACGGUUGGGGAUUAGACGAGCUGCUCAACCUAGGAAUGGCUUGCCUGAUUCGAUCAUUAAGAAUCAGAGUUCUUAUCCCAAUGUCCUCUCUCCAGUUGCAAAUGCUAUAUCAAGCAACAACUCGUUUCAUGUUUUCUACAGCCCAAGGGCGAGCCAUGCUGAUUUCAUUAUUCCCGUUGAAAAAUAUGUGAAGUGUGCCACCAGUCAGGUACCUGUUGGGACAAGAUUCAGAAUGAGAUUCGACUUUGAUGAUUCUCCUGAAAGAAGGUUCAGUGGGGUGGUGACUGGAGUCGGCGACAUUGAUCCCUAUAGAUGGCAGAACUCGAAAUGGAGAUGCCUGAUGGUGCGUUGGGACGAGGACAUCAUGAGUAACCACCAAGAACGAGUUUCUCCGUGGGACAUUGAUUUCUCAGGUAACUAUGCACCUCUGAGUAUCCAGUCCUCACCUAGGAUGAAGAAACUGAGGUCAAAUCUGCACGUUACCCCGCAUGGCAGCCCAAUUGCUGGCGGGGGCGCUGUUUUGGACUUUGAGGAUUCGAUAAGAUCCUCCAAGGUCUUGCAAGGUCAAGAAAAUGUAGGUCUAGUUUCACCUUUCUAUAGAGGUGAUUGUGUGAACCGCCAGCUCGAUUUCGGUAUGCAACCUACCGCACCUAAUCCUGUGCCAAACAGGAUGGAUAAGUUUAACUACGGCGAGUUUGUGAGAAACCACGCGCCCGCCAACUUCACAGGCUUUCUGGAAUCCAAUUGGUUUCCUAAGGUCUUGCAAGGUCAAGAAAUUUGCUCAUUCAAAUCUCUAGCAGGGAGAAGUAGCUCGGAUCUCGGUGUUUGGUCGAAACCUCAACACGGUUACAGCAUUCACAAUCAGAGGCCGACGACGCCCAGCUUCUAUCCCCUGGCUUCAGAAGGUUCUAGAAGCAUGCCGAUUCCACGCAAGAGCAUCCAUACAGGAGGAGGACAAAUCCCUCUCAUGCUAUCCAACUUCUCAAAUUUUCAGACAGGAAAUCGUGUUCUCAGCCCUACUUCGAUCCUGAGUGGGACCAAAGCCGAUGUAGGUCGGAUGCCACAUCUGACAAACGAACCGAGGGCGCAGGAGAGAACGUCUGCUCUUAAAAAUGUGAACAGCGAUAACAACAUGACGGAGAAAGUUCCGAGCUGCAAGAUAUUCGGUUUCUCUCUGACGGAGGAUCCUGCCGCCAUCAACCUACAGGGUCCUAGCAAGAGGAGCUGUACAAAGGUUCACAAACAAGGUAGCUUGGUGGGGAGAGCCGUUGAUCUUUCACGACUGAACGGCUACGACGAUCUGCUGACUGAGCUCGAGAUGCUGUUCAACAUGGAAGGCCUCUUGCGCGAUCCCAACCACGGAUGGCGCAUACUGUACACCGAUAGCGAGAACGACAUGAUGGUCGUUGGCGACGACCCUUGGCACGAGUUUAUUGAUGUGGCGACGAAGAUCCACAUAUACACACAGGAGGAAGUGGAGAAGCUGACGGUCGGAAUGAACAGCGACGACACCAAGAGCUGCCUGGAGGAAGCGCCGUCAGCGCCCGACGUGUCCAAGUCGUCGUCGGUAGGGCAGCCCGAUUCUUCCCCGACUGUGAUAAGGAUGUGAGGACGAGGUUCGUGUGCUCUGCUACGUUACUGAAUAAAGCUGUGGUCGUGGUCGUGGUCGUGUUCGUGUUCAUGUUCGUGCCGACGAAAACGAUGUAGUUGAAGUAGGUGGAUUUGGUUAAUAUGGUGUAUGAAUGCUAUUUAUUCCUCUCUUGUCAACUUUGUGUUAAGUUGUUGAAUGUUAUGCACUGUCAUAUAUUGAUACUGACCAUUAAUUUUAUUUUUUAAGUAGUUAAAUUAUACUAAAACUAUUU